UCCUCUUCCUCUCUGCCUUAGUUCGCCUCACCACAGACGCCUGCUCUCCAGCCCUCCUCCUAUAGCACUACUAGAGCUUAACACACCGUCACCUCGCCCCCCGGCCACCAAGCAAGCAUGGAUCUUGUUUCGCAGUCCGAGCACCUGUGCUACGUGCGCUGCGCCUUCUGCAACACCGUGCUCGCGCUGCAGGUUGGCGUUCCAUGCAAGAGGCUGAUGGACACGGUGACUGUGAAAUGCGGCCACUGCAACAACCUUUCCUACCUCAGCCCGCGGCCGCCGAUAGUGCAGCCGCUCUCCCCGACUGAUCACCCCUUGGGACCGUUUCAGGGUCCCUGCAAUGACUGCAGGAGGAACCAACUGCCGCUGGCUUCGCCGACAUCAACGGAGGUCAGCCAGAGAGUGCCCUUUGUUGUCAAGCCCCCAGAAAAGAAACACCGCCUUCCAUCUGCUUACAAUCGCUUCAUGAGGGAGGAGAUACAGCGCAUCAAAGCUGCGAAGCCAGAUAUCCCUCACAGGGAGGCCUUCAGCAUGGCUGCCAAGAACUGGGCGAAAUGUGACCCGCGCUGCUCGACGACUGUCUCUACUGCCACUUCCAACAGCGCUCCCGAGCCUAGAGCUAUGCCCGGACCUCAGGAGAGGGCCAACGAGCAGGUUGUCGAGAACUUCGACAUCUUCAAGCAGAUUGAGCGCAGCAUCUAGGUCUCGAUAGACGGUGCAGUAGCCCGGGAUCGAGUAUCUAUCAUCAGACCACUUAUCUCAUCGCCGUUAUAUAUGCAUGCAUGCAUGCGCAUCCAGUGUAAUUUUUACCGGUCGUUAUUGUUGUUGUAUUCUUGUUUGUUGGAGUGUGCGCACCCUUUUAAUUAUGA